AAUACAGAACUGUGGUGUUAAGGUUUAUAAAAAUACGCGGAAAAUAAGUUUUACUUAACGUGCAAUCACAGCUGGUGAAAUAGCAAAGUUGUCGCUUUACGCUGUCAUACUGCUGAAUAAGUAGCUAGCAUGAGUUACCAGGCGUGUCUGUUUCUCAUUAGCUUGUUGUGCUGAUAAGCUAACCAGUAAAGUAAACAAAGGUCAGGUACGUUUUAAUCGAGCAUUUUAGAACACUGAAAUAUCGUUACCUUGACCUCCAGACUACAUUUACUUUCCGUAUAAUUGGGAUCAUUUCGCGCGUCCCAUAUCUGCAGCCCGUUUUCGGAAGUCUGACAGCGCCGCGCACUUUUCGCCAGGAUUUCCGGCUGCUUUUACAUUGCCCUUCUGUUGUUUUGUUUCCGUUUCUUCCAUUUCCGUUCUAACUUUCCAGAAUCAAAAGUGCGAUAUGAAGCGAUCGGUUAAAAGUUUGAAAAGUUUCCAAAAGUCCCCGUUUACAUAAUUUUACUCUUAUAUUUUGAAACUCAAAACGUCUCCAAUAUGGCAACUACGUUUGCUUGUUCUCGCUCGUCCUCGCUCUUCAAAACGUCGUUUUCUAACAGUGCUAAGCUACUGAAUAAUAACAAGUACAGCCGAACAGACUCUUGUGCUCGUUUAUGAGUGUUUGUUAUGGCAAUUGUGUGUCAGCUGGAUUGUAAAUAAUCGUGAAGGGCCUAGUCACUGGCCAAGCCUCGGGUUUGCGUACGAGUUGCAGGGCUUCAGAGAGGCGCCUCGGCGGGUCAGCAGCCUCCUCCUCUCCGCUCCCUUCAUGGAGCAUCACAAUAAACCACCAUGUUUAGAGGAAUUUAAGUGAACAUUAUGGACAUGUCUGUCUACUUUCUAAUACAAGGUCACAAAGGCAUGCUUGGCAUUUUGAAGGUGGCUGAACAUCACUGGUAGAAUGUCAAAAAGUGAGGCUGAGGAGAUGAUUGAGAUUGAGAUUGAUGGACAAGAAAAACAAGAAUGCUUAGAAGAAGGGAUUGAGGAGCACACCAUCACAGCAAGUGAUCUCAUCACUCAGGACAUUGACAUCAAUGAGCCUGUUGGUAACUUGAAGAAGUUGCUAGAGCCCAGGCUACAGAUUGCUUUGGAUGGAUAUGACAUUUGUCUGCAGGACAUCCAUCUGCACCCUGACCACAGCCUUUUUGACCAGGGUGUGAAAACCGAUGGCACAGUACAGCUCAGUGUGCAGAUCAUCACCAAACCAGGUGAGGAGAAGCUGAAUAUACUGGAGAUAGUGAAGCCAGUAGAGACAGUGGAAGUGGUGAUAGAUCCUGACGCAGCUACAGGUGAGGAGGCUCAUUUGGUGGAGGAUGGUCAAGUGAUAGCAGUGGAGCGAGCUGCUAUUGCAGAUGAGACCUCUGAACAGGUUACUCGAUGGGCAGCUGCACUCGAGGGCUACCGCAAGGAGCAGGUCCGACUCAGUAUUCCGUAUGACCCUGUACAAUGGACGGCAGAUCAGGUGAUCCACUGGGCAGUAUGGGUGAUGAAGGAGUUCAACAUUGAGGAGAUUGAGGUGGGAGGCAUCCACAUUCCAGGUCGGCAACUGUGCGCCUUCAGCCAAGAGGAGUUUCUUCAGAGAGUGCCCAAUGGAGAGAUCUUGUGGAGCCACCUGGAGCUCCUGCGCAAAUAUGUUCUGGCAAGUCAGGAGCAGGGACAGGAAGCUACCGUCACUAUUGAUCAGCCUGUGCAGAUCAUCCCUGCACCUGUACAACAGGCCACACCUACAACCAUUAAGGUGCAGAAGCAUAACAAAGUGCCCCGAGCUCCACGCAUCUCUGGAGAGGAACGCAGUUCCCCUGGAAACCGUACAGGUAAUAAUGGACAAAUUCAGUUAUGGCAGUUCUUGCUGGAGCUGCUGACUGAUAAGGAUGCCAGGGAUUGCAUUUCCUGGGUUGGGGAGGAGGGCGAGUUUAAACUCAACCAGCCGGAGCUGGUGGCUCAGAAAUGGGGACAGAGGAAGAACAAACCCACCAUGAACUAUGAGAAGCUCAGCAGAGCCCUCAGAUACUACUAUGACGGAGACAUGAUCAGCAAAGUGCAGGGCAAGCGCUUCGUCUACAAAUUUGUUUGUGACCUGAGAACUCUGAUUGGCUACAGUGCUGCUGAGCUCAACAGCCUGGUGACAGAGUGCGAGCAGAAGAAACUGGCACGGGUACAACUGCACAGCAUUGGGCAACCUGUCAACACUGUCUCCCUGGCAACGGGACAUCCAGUCACCACUGUUACGCUGGCCACCGCUGCCACAUUGGAGAAGGACAGCUGAGUGGGAGGGGCUAUGUGAGUUAUAAUGUGGAGAAAGGCAAAGCAUGGGCAAGGACUUUGGGCAGGACAAGUGCAUUUAUGAAUGGGCGUAUGUGUGUUUUAUGAAUGUGUGUGUGUGUGUGUAUAUAUAUAAGAAUGAGUGUUAAGGGACAGUAUAGCAGGUCCAAUAAGAGAGCAUGAUUGGAGAUGUGUGUGUGUAUGAGAGAAUUAAUGAAAUUACUAAUGAUCAUAUUUGAGCUUUGAGUUUGUGUAUGCUUCUUCUCUGACUGCAGGGUAGCAAUGGCUGCAUUUCCAUUGUGUAUAUACUCUAUGUUUUUGAUAGCCACACUGGCAGUGUAUUUUGAUAUUUUCCAUUUCUAAAUGAUGUUUUUCUUUUUUAUUUUGAGGUUGACUCCUCCCCUCAAGGUGAGGUACUUUUAACUGUCCACCAGGGGGAAAUAAAGAGAUACUUUUUGAA